UUGCUCAAGAGGACGCAAGGUAAACUUUAUCGCUAAAACUCGAGCUGCAUUUUUCCAACGAAGAAGUAAAGUACAACUCAACAUGGCGACUCCCAUGCAUAGAAUAAUUGCGAGGCGGCAAGCGGAAGCUAACAAACAACACGUGCGUUGUCAGAAGUGUUUGGAGAUGGGACACUGGACAUAUGAAUGCACCGGGAAGCGGAAAUAUGUGCACAGACCCUCAAGAACAGUUGAGAUGAAGAAAAAGCUGAAGGAAGUUGAGAAUCAACCCAGGAGCAUCACUGGACCAGGACAACAAAGCUCCAGUGAAAAGAAAACUAAGAAAGCUAAAGACUCGAGUGGGAGCAGCAGCGAUUCGGGCAGCUCAUCCAGUGACUCAUCCUCAGACAGCAGCGAUUCCUCCAGCUCAUCUUCGGACGACGAUGAUAGCAGCAGCAGCAGCAGCGACGACGACGACAGCUCAUCUUCUUCUUCCACCUCUUCGUCAUCAUCAUCCUCGGACAGCUCAGACUCCGAAAGUGGCAGCGAUUCAGAUCAGGGACCUCCACAGAAAAAGAAGAAAAAGAAAUGAGGAUGAUAUGGUUGUAAUAGUGUGAUAUGUUCUUGUUUUAGCAGUCUAUAUUCCUGCAUUUACUCAGCGCUGAUGAAAUGGAAAACUGCUUGUACAGUUUUGUUAGAAAUUUACAAAAAGAUGAUUUUGGAUUAUUAAUAACAUGUUCUUCUUUGCUAGUUCUGCUCAGGGCAGCUGUGCAAGCUAUCCGAGGUGUAUAGGGUUGUUUUUUUUUUUAUUUUUUAUUUUUAUUCCGUCUUCAUCUGUCAAGCUUCAUCUGUGUAGCUUGCAACCUCACCUCUGAAACUGCAUUAUGUAAACUGUUAAAAGACAGAAUAAAUAAAAAUAUAUAUUAGUUUGCCUAG